AUGGAAUUACUCUUAGUAACUUUUUUAUAUGAAAAGUUUACUUCUUCUGACACCUUGUCUGAAAAGGCAAUGGGUCUAUUUUAUUCAUUAUUUACUUCAAUAAUAAUCUAUAUAUUAAUUAAAUUAGAUAGAUUAUGUUUUGAAUUAUUUAUUAAAAAUAAUGAAAAAAAAUUAAUAAAUUUAAAUAAAGGUCUUGAAAAAUUGUUUGAAGAAAGAAAACUUGAAACAGAUUACGAAAAGACCAAAAAGCUCUUGGAGGAGUACGAAAUUUUUAAAAAUAAAAAUAUAACAAAAGUGGAUACCAAAAGAAGAAUUUUAUCAAGACAAUUAGAUAGAAGUAUUGGAAGUGUUGGUGGCACCCUAAGUAACUACAAAACCGGUGAAUCUACAUAUAUAGAGCAAUACUGGUUUGAUCCAGUACAAAUACCAUCCGAUAAAAUUGUAGACUCUACUGGUGCCGGUGAUGCCUUUCGUGCUGGUUUAAUCUACUCUUUAAUCUAUAAAAACCAAGCCUUAAACAACUCAUUACAUUUUGCAUCUACAUCCGGGGGUCUAAACUGCCUAAGCUAUGGUGGUAACAGAACCCCAACCUCCAAAGAAAUGUUGGAGUUAAUAAAUUCAAAACAAUAA